GCAAAGUCAGAAUCACGCGUAAACAGAGAACUGCUGUUUUGCAAGUCACAAGUGGGUUUAGGGAUGGUUGUCGUCGUUUAAAUUUAACAAAGCAGUUAAUAUUUUAGUAGUGUAAUUAAUAUAAUCACUACCACCACCACCAACCACCAUCAAGUACAAUAAUGAUUUGAAGGAUUUUUAGUGGCUUUGUUUAAAAAUAGGCAUAUUGACAUUUAAAUUAAUUCAACAACGUGAAAGUUUUCCAAGUUUGUAAAAUGUGAUACAGUUUAAAGUACGAUAAGAAGGUUAUGGCAGUUGUAUUGUAUCAGAGGUCCGAGCCUCGUCAUAAGGAGUGGCUCCCACUUUUGUCCCAACAGAUUCGACUUCGAAACCUGACUCAAAUUAUACUCCUCAACGUUUCGGAACAUGUGUUGGACAAGGAAGUUGGCUAUUUCACACUUCACGUCAGCCCAAUGUCGGCCCCAUUCUACACGAGCAGCAAGGUUCCCUUCGCCAGGGUCACGGGCUGGCCAGAAAUCCAGCUUUCCCUCUGUUUCACCAGACUCUCUGCGUCCGCCGCCAUCCUGAGGGUAUGGACAGGGGCCGGAGUUCCUGUCCUCUCUUGGGGUGUCCACUUUCGAGGCCUUCACCACCUCGGACACCGUGACGAGUGGAACAAUCAUGCGUCCGAGUUUCAGCCCAACACCCUCAUUUUUCUCACCCCAUUCGGAUCCUUUACAAGUCUUUGCAGUCUAACGUCCCCUCCAGUUCAACCCCAGCGAUUCCUUCAAAUUAAGACAGUCUCAGAUUCUCCUCUUCGGUCGUCAUAUACCCUGAAGAAACUCGUCAGUUUGCAUCAUUAUCAACGAUCAGUUUUGGAAGAGCAUGCACUUGGAGAACGAUUGAAAAUGGAUUUGGGGAUGCACGGAUUCGGAGUUGGCAGUCCAGGUGACAACAGGCAACAACCCACCCUUCUUUCGGAACGACUCAUUCAACGAGCAAAGCUUGGACGACAAAAGUUACGUUUAAAGGAAGAAAUUGAAGUGAUUGCGCUGAAAGUGCGUGGCCUCGUGGAGGAGAAAGGUCGAGCUGAGGGGAGGAUACGAAGGCUAAAACAGGACGCUACGGGCUAUGAAGAAUUGAGUGCAGAUUUGGUGACGCGAAUGCACAAUUUUACAACGGAGCGAACCAAUCUAAAGGAAAUUAAGGCGACUUUAAUUUCCAAAGGACAAAAUCUUGGCAAAUUCAGAGCAAGCGUAUUCCUACGAAAGAAGCAACUGAUCUCGGAACUUUUGCACAUUUAUCCUUUAGAACUUGUCGAGGGAUCCAAAAAGUACUCAGUCAACGGUGUUCAACUUCCAAAUGCUGAAGAUUAUGGAAACGAGACAGGAGGACAGAUCUCUGUAGCCUUAGGGUACACGGCCCAUCUUGCUGCAAUGCUGGCAUUUUUCCUCGAUAUUCCAUGCCGCUAUCCCAUUCGACACUUUGGUUCACGAUCCCGAAUCAUUGACCACAUCACGGUACAAAUUCCUGACAAGGAGCGAGAGUUUCCUUUAUACUUUAAGGGAAAAAGGGAUGUCUAUUGUGCCUACGCUAUCUACCUGCUAAACAAAAAUGUCGCUCAACUUCGGUGGUAUUGCGGAUUGUCAACUCCAGAUUUAAGGGCAACUUUGCCAAACCUUGUGGAACUGCUCACUAGCCGACUUGUCAUUCCUGGAUGGCCGCCCAACAUCGGAGAGGCGUUAGAGAUUGCUCAAGAAAUUACUGAAGACGUGGACUCUAAUUUUCUGGAAAACGAAUUCACCAUGAGUUUGGACAAGGGGUUGGAUAAAAUGCUAUCUGUCGCAAAUGCUGGAGGUGCAUAUUUAGCUGACUCAUUGUCGGAUGGAAACCCUGGAGGCAACUCCACUGCGUUGGGAGAUAUUCAACACGGUCGAGGUCAAGACAGGUUUCUAAGUGGGUGGAAGAAAAAGACAUACAUUGAAACAGACGACUUUGACCCCAAGUGGCUGAUGGAUUCCAUGAACUUGGACUUUGACUCUGGGCGCAAGUUGUCAAUGUCGAAUUCUUCUCCUCCUCCAAGACCUACUUUUAUCAUUACUGGCGAUGACAGUGAUGGUGGUCCAUCCAGAAGACGAAGAAUGGGACAAGUAGAGGCUCCUUCUCUGGAAAAUCUACAGGAAGGAAAAAUAGCAACUACGAUUCAGGCCGAAUUGCGACGAACCCAAACCCCUUCACGUGAAAUUGCGAGACUAGAAUUAGAUAUUAAGGAAUCUGAGCGACGAAAGAGUCGUGGGGCUGCAACUUCAGUGGGGGUUCCUACAAGUUCAGAAAUUAGUAGUGCUACCAUUAAACAGUCUCCUCCGCCUCCUCUCUUGUUGUCCCCUUCAUCUUCUUGUCCAAAUAUAAUACCUUCACUCCCUUCAGCAAAAAAUCCAGAAUGGACGGCGACGGAUGAGCCACGGCUUAUGAGACCGGGAUUUGAUAGCAGUAAUAGCCUGCUGGACCAACAGCAUCAAUCCAUUAAUUUAUCCGCAGCUCAUCGUGAUGAAAUUCAAGUACAACAUUCAGAAGCUUGCAACCCCGACUACCAUAUUCCACCUCCGUCGGUAGAAACAGUGACUUCAUCGCACGACGCCGACUCCACUGAACAACAAAACGCAACGAAUUCUAUUCGCAAUUCGUCUACCCCCUACCCUGCAGAUAAUACCAAAGAAGUAUGCACAACCAAUAUGACUCAGCAUUCUGAGUCAAGUCUAAACUGUGAUAUUGAAUCGCCUUCUACUACAACUACGAAUAAUAAACACGAAGGCGACGCUAUAAAUGGCGAAAAUUCAGAAAAUUCAAUCCUGUGGAGGAGAACGGAAGCUCUCCUUGGUUCCCAGUCAUUUAAUUUAGUUCGACGUAGAAUGUCCACAUCCGAAUCAACGUGAUACAUCUCUUUCUAACUUGUCAAGAAUUAUUACGUUUUUUGAAAAACAUUAAAACUAUCAUGAUUAUAAUUCAGUUCACUAUUAUUAUGGGUUGAAUAAACAAGUAUUAUUCAGUUCAUA